CCUCGAUGGUACAACCAAAUGUACGUGAUGUUCCUGGUCCUGCGACAAGCACCUGAUAACACAGCUAGUCGAAGUGAGUUGGUCAGAAAAGCCGUGGAAUUGGAUAAGAAAAUCAGCAUGGAGCGCGGUUUGCCCAGGGCAUUCACAGGGAAGACGCCACAGAAUAGCGCGAGUGCGUUGUUGACCAAUAAUGGAGAUAGACAUUUUGUGCAGUUUCGGCCGGAAGGUGCGAGAUGCUAUCAUUUUAAGCUGGCUUAUAAGCCUGGGGAUUUUGACGGUGCUUUGGCGGCGUAUGAGGAGUGGAUGGAGGUUUUGGUUAAGAAGGAUUGGCCAUUGUGUUUUGGUCCUGAGCCGUUGCCAGUCCCAGUGCCUGAGUUGGUCCCCGAGGCAGCCACAGUUGCGGAGCAGGCAGGCAAUGAGGCUUUAGUAGCUAAUAUUGAAGCUGAGUCUGGCGACAAACAGCUUGUAGUGGAUGCACCUCUCCUGGAUGAAUUAGAUGUGGGGCAGGUUGAUAUUGAAGCGUCAAAUCUACAACCUGAUCCACAGCCAAAUACUGCAUCAAAGUCCUUUUUACAAGAUUCAGCUGAGAAGGUGUCUGGCGAAAUCAUUGCUACCACUGACCGCUCGCCGUCUUCGACCAGUUCGCUGCCAUUACUACAGUUUGUGUGCAAAUCGGUCGUUUGUCCAGAGAAUGCCCACUCGGAGCCAGAUGCGAAUAUCCCAAAAAGCUGGCGCGACAUAGUCGAGGUCAAACCGUCAUCCAUCCCGGGCGCCGGCAACGGCCUCUUUGCCAUCCGCAACUUACCGGGCGGAAUCCCCCUUGGCUUUUACUUUGGAGUCCCCAUGACCGAGGAUGAAUUCGACUCACUCAAAGAGAACGUCGGCAUGGCCUCGCACUACUCCAUCAUGUACCGUAAAACGGUUCUUGACGCUACAGAUGAAAACGGCCUUCCAUACACAGACCCCUUGGGCGCGCUCUAUUGCCCGUUUCAUUUCAUGAAUGAGGACCGCGAGGGCAAUCGAGACAACAUUGUGUUUUUGGAGGGCAUCAAGGUCAACCAGAUCAUCUGUUUGACGUCGCGCCAAAUUAAGGUGGGCGAGGAGCUUUUCGUGUCGUAUGGCAGUGAGGUCGACAGAUCGCAUUGGGACAGUAAGAGUGAUGUGAGCAGUGAUGGU